AGCCCACCGGACCGAGUGGCCGAGUGGCCGAGCGGAGACGAGACGCCAUGGAUCUGGAGCAGCAGGCGCAGGAGAUGGCCGAGAAGGCCCUGGCCUCGCUCCCGCCUGCCGCGCGAGCAGCAAAGAUCGAGACAGUCAAGGCGGGUAUCCUGAAGCGGCUGACGGCGCAGGCAGCCAACGCCCCGGCGGCGCCCCCCGCGCCGUUGAAGCCGCCGCCCCCAGAGGCGCCGCCCCCGGAGGAGCCACCCUCCCCGGUGCCGCAGGUGCCGCAGGUGGAGCUCUUUGGGGACGGGCCCUGGUACGCGGACUACCCGCUGCGGAGUCGGCUGCUGGCAGAGGUGCGGCAGGCUCACGCGGCAGAGAAAAUCUUGGUGGCGCCCCCGGCGGAGGAGAUCCAGCGGAUUCUCACCAAGCGCAACGGCCAGCUCCUGGCCGCCGGCGCGGUGCUGCGACUUGGGGGCGUGCACCACGGGGGCUACGGGGAGUCUGACAUCAACUACGCCUACCGGCAGCUGUCGCGGGCGCUGCACCCUGAUAAGAACUCCGGGAUCCCGGAGGCGCACGAGGCUUUCAAGCGUUUGGGCGAAGCCGCGGAGGAGCUGAAGCAGGUGCUCACCGAGAGCCGCGUGGUGCUGAACGCCUUCUGCCAGGUGACGUUGCAGGCGCCGGCGCCGCAGGACAGCCUCGAGCGCCCGCAAGGGGAGCUCAUGGCAGAAGCCAGCCGGCUGCUGGGAGCCGUGCUGGCCUUGUCAGGUGAGGGCUCCAUCUCCGACGCCGCUUUGUGGCGGGCGCGGAACAGCUUCCAGCAGCACGUGGCUUUCCACAGGUGUCCGCCGCAGGAGCUGCUCGUGAAGUGGUACCAAGAGCCCCAGCUGCUGGAUUUCUUCGCCAGUGCGCCGCUGCGCAUCGCCUACGACUGCGCGAAGAAGCGCUUCCGCGCGCAGCUGCUGACGGCCCUGGCGCGCUGCGCGGAGGCGGAGGCGCGGAGGAACGACAGCUGCGUGCGGGGCAGCUGGAACCAGGUUUUGACCAAUUUCCCGGAGCUGGGCCUGUGGAAGGCUCUGCAGGACAAGAUUCGAUCCCGCGUGUGGGCUUCAGGCCCGGCGAAGAAGCGGAGUAAGUGGGACGACAAGACGGCGGCGAGUCCCACGGACUGGGGCCGCAAGUGGCGCUUCGUGCUGAAGAAGGUGCUGCCCAGAGACGGACACGGCGCGGCCAGCUGCGGGGACCUGGAGGUCCAGAAGGCGAGUAUGGCCAUGUGGCGGGACAUGGCCGCCUGGGCGGCCGAGGACUGCCGGCAGCAGCUCAUGCUCUUCCAGGCAGAUGAAGGUGCUGCGGACGCCUGGGCCUUCGUGCCGGCCACCGAUCUGCUGCUGCUGGUGGGGGAUGGCAUCGUGGGCUGUGGCGCCGAAGGCUUCGUGGCGCAGGCGGACGAGGGCCACCUAAGGACCUCAUACCUGGACGCCCUCAAGGAGUGGCGAACCAGCCUCCGCAAGGGCAAGACCACCACUGCUGACUCGGCGGUGAAGCUGUGGCAAGGCGCCAAGCGUCAAGAGGAGGCGGAGGUCGAGAAGGAAUCCAAGAAGGCCAAGACGGAGGAGGACGGGGAGGUGGCCAAGCUGAACCGGUCCCCCACCAAGGUGCUGCUCUUGACCAAUCUGGCGCCUCCCUCCAUGCAGGAGGAGGAGAUCAAGAGCAAGGCCUUGGACCUGGUGAAGGACUUCGGCACGGCAGAGUGCACCGUGCUCAAGGUUUGCGAGGUGCCGGAGGAGGAGGCCGUGCGCGUUUUCUUGGCCUUCGAGGACGUGCAGAGCUCCUCGAAGGCCUACGCGGCUCUCAAGGGCCAGGUCAUCGAGGAGCGGGCGGUGCGGGCGCGAUUCUACGACGAAAAGCGCUUCCGGGAGGGGGACCUGCAGAAGUCCGCCCCCUCGCGGGUGGUGGUGCUGGGCGGCCUCGCGACCGCUGAGGACCUGGACGGUGGCUUCCAGGAGGAGGUGGCCAAUGUGGGGGAGCAGUACGGGCAGCUCUUGCGGUGCGCGGUGCAGACGGAGGAUGACACGGUGCGGGUCUUCUUGGAAUAUGACGCGGUGGAGACGGCGCAGAAGGCCGUGGCCGCGCUGCACGGCCAGGACUUCGGCCUGCGCCGAAUCCGGGCCCACUUUGGGCGGGAGGACCAGCUGUGAGCCGGCGAGCGGCCGGCAAACGGCCGGCGAACGGCCGGGUUUGGAUUGAUUCGAGUUAUGACUUUAUGACUUUCAUGAG